UUCACUAGGAUUGCAGAAGGAUCUGCUACAGGUAUGAUGUAGAUGUAGUGGUGGUCAGAACCCUCCUUCCUGAACUUCACCCAUGACCCUUGUCCCUGCCCACAUCCAAGGGGCCAUCGUCCAGUGAGCUGGUCAGAGCAGGCCCUAAAUCAAUCCCAGACUUUCCUGGCUGGCCCUGAGUUAUGAGCUGCAGGCUUUGUGAUGUAGAUCAGGGUUGGGGAGUAGAGGGCAUGACCUGUGGCAGGUCACACAGGACCCCCAGAAGGGGCUGAGCUGGGAUCAGAGGCCACCUCCUCCAUUCCCUGCCCCACCCGGCUAGGUCCCAUCCUGCGCCUAGUCUUUGCCUUUAUGCUGGGUCUGGCCUUUCUCUGGCAGUACCUGCCCCCAAGCCUGUAAGCUGGAAGUAGGGCUUCUCAUGAAGAAAGAGCCCAGAAGAAAGGAAGAGGAUGAGAUAUUUGGCUCCCCAAAGAUAACUGGUUCAUGUUCAAAUCAGACUAUCAUGUUUCCUGAGUUCCUUCUCUGUGGAUUUGUCACUCUGCUCUCCUCAAACAACCCUUUCCUUUCUGAUUCCCUCCUGACUGAAUUCCACAAGUCAAGAAGAGAGUCAAGCCUCACUCCAGACAAUAUAUGUUAUCAGGGCUUAAGAGGGAGAAUUCGAGGAAUAGAGAUGGGAAGAGCCAGUCAGUGAGCAAGGUUAGAAGUUAGAGGAAAAUCAAAGACUUUCAAAGUCAAAAGAGUAUCAAAAGAAGACAAUGGAGAGAGUGUCGCUGAAGAGAAAUCGGAGUAGCAAGCAAAGAUAAUUCCCCUCAGAUCCCAUCAGCUAAGAGAACAAAAGGAGGAUUACCCAUAAUAUUCCUUUAUUUAAAAAAAAAUUUUUUUCCCGUUGGACACAAUGCCUUUAUUCCAUUCAUUUAUUUUUACGUGGUGCUGAGGAUCGAACCCAGAGCCCCACAUGUUAGGCGAGCGCUCUACCACUGAGCUACAAUCCCAGCCCCAUAUUCCUUUAUUUUUGAUCCUUAAGGGUACCAUACAGCUAGGAACAUCAGCAUACACUUGUCUAUAAUCCCAACUACUUAGGAGGCUGAGGCAGGAGGAUUGCAAGUUUGAGAAUCAGCCUCUGCAACUUAAUGAGACCCUGUCUCAAAAAUAAAAAUAAAAAAAAUAUAUAAAGGGCUGGGGAUGUAGCUCAGUGGCAAAGCACCUCUGGGUUCAAUCCCUAGUACCACCACCAAAAGAAAAAAAAAGUUACCAUAGAGACACCCCAGAAGGCCCUGACUGAUAUUUACCUGUAUCACCCAGGAUCUUAUUCAUCAUUUUACACAUUAAAUGGCAACCUCCACUCCCCAGCACCACUUUUACCUCCAUCAGCAGAUACAUACUUAGGGAGGGCUGGACUCAGACUGGGGACUAGGCAGGGGCUGGGGCGGCAUCCCUGGAGUUUUCCUGGGGAAGGAAGCCUGGACAGGCACCUUGGCACAGGGUAUCCAUGAGGGAGGCAGAAAUUUAAAGAAACAUCACAGACUUCCUGGAUAUCCAGCCAGUUUGGCUAAAGAUGAUCUAGAGAAGUGACUCUCCUAUUCUUUGCAUUUUCAGCCAAGCCCUGACAAGCCCUUGCCCCUGUCUCUGACCCUGGAACCCUCUGCUGUAGCCUGGCUGUGCGUGGGACGCCUCCCAAUUCCUACCCACGGCUGCCACCUGCUGGCUGAAAGUGGCCUUGCGGAAACUCGACGCUUGGCUUGUGAGGGCAGGGGAUUGAUCUCCACUGAACCAGAAGUAGUUUCUCUAGGCUUGGGGGAAAGAAUUGGAAAAGCAAAAUGUGAACUCCCCUUUCACCUAGUUAGGUGUCUUUGAGGCCUGUCAGCAUAGGUUAAAAUGUCCCUAUCUCUCAUCCCAUUAUUCCUGCAUGGUGCUGUGGGACUUCUCAGGCCAAGGAGAGACUGUCAGGGAACUCACAUUUACCAAAUAGAUAACACUGUUCUGGAUGCAGGAGACAGAGAUGCCAAGGUGAGAAUAACAGCCAAGAAUGAGAUUAAUGAUAAUCAGUGGAAAACUCACAAGAGCUGAAAUAUAUGCCUGUCAGAGUUCAAAUUUUCAAUUAAUAGUUAUUGAAUGGGCUGGAGGUGUAUAUAACUCAGUGGGAGAGCACAUGCUUAGCAGGCCCUGGGUUCCAUUCCCAACACCAAAAAAAUAAAAAAUAAAAAAGUUAGCAAAUGAAUGGAUUAAAGAUAGCAGGAAGGAAUGGUGAACUGUGUGCACAGGAGAGGUUGAAGAGAACAGGAAGAAGCAGGCCGGGGGGAUCUUUCUGAUUUUUCUUUUUUAUCAUUAGUUACCAAGUCAUCUCAUUUUGUUCUUCUUUCUCUUCCUCUUCCUCCUCUUCUCCUUUUUUUUAAUGUUGAGGGUUGAACCCAGGAGCACUAAGCUACAUCUCCAGCACCCCUCUUUUAGAAUUCUUAUGUUGAGACAGGGUCUUGCUAAGUUGCCCAGACUGGCCUGGAACUUGUGACCCUUCUCCCUCAUCUCCCAAAGCAGUUAGGGUUACAGAUGAGUGUCAGCUUAUUGGCUUACUCCACUUUUAAAAAUUAACUGUAUUUUAAUGAGCAUCAUCUUGGGAAGGUUUCUCAACCUUGUACGUUGGAGUCACACAGGGAGAUUUUAAAAAUUCUGUUGUCUAGGCUGUGUCCCCAAAUCUCUGGAAUGGGUUCCAGUCAGCUCCAUUUCUUUUCUUUCUCUCUUUCCACACUAUUUUUUUCACAUUUUUAUAUUUUUACAUAAUGAUGGAAUUUGUUGUUACAUUUUCAUACAUGCACAUAAUAUAAUAAUAUAAUUUGGCCAAUCAUUACCCAGCACUUUUCUCCUCCUUCCCUCCUAACCCUUGGUCCCUUUCCUCUACUGAUCUCCCUUUAAUUUUCAUGAGAUCCACCCCCACCUUUGUUUUUCCUUUUUCCUCUCUAGCUUCCACAUAUGAGAGAAAAUAAAGGACGCUGGACCACCUGAGUUUGACUUAUUUCACUUAACAUGAUGGUCUCUAGUUCCAUUCGUUUUCCUGCAAAUGCCAUAAUUUCAUUUUUCUUUAUGGCUGGAUAAAACUCCAUUGUGUAUACAUGCCAUAUAUUUUUUUUAUCCAUUCAUCUACUGAUGGAUACCUAGGCUGGUUCUAUAGUUUGGCUAUUGUGAAUUGUGCUGCUGUAAACACGGGUAUGCAGGUAUCACUGUAGUAAGAUGCCUUUAAUUCUUCAGGGUAAAUACUGAGAAGUGGUAUAGCUGGGUAAUACAGUGGUUGCAUGACUAGAGUUUUGAGGAACCUUCAUACUGAUUUCCAUAGAGGUUGUACUAAUUUACAGUUCCACCAACAGUGUGGAAGUGCUCCUUUUUCUCCACAUCCUCUCCAGCAUUUAUUAUUGUUUGUAGUCUUUUUUUUUUUUUAAAUGGUGCUGGGAAAACCCAUGCAAAGCAAGCACUUUACCAACUGAGUGGUAUUCCCAGCCCCUUGUUUAUAUUCUUGAUGACUGCCAUUCUGACUGGUGUGAGAUGAAAUCUCAGUAUAGUUUUGAUAUUCAUUUCCCUAAUUGCUAAUGAUGUUGAACAUUUUUCAUGUAUUUGUUGGCCAUUUAUAUUUCUUCUUUUGAGAAGUGUCUGAGAAGUGUCUGUUUAAUUCAUUUGUCCACCUUUUUUUUUUAAAGAGAGAGAGAGAGAGAGAGGGAAUUUUAAUAUUUACUUUUUAGUUUUAGUAGUUCGGCAGACAUAACAUCUUUGUAUGUGGUGCUGAGGAUCGAACCCGGGCCGCACGCAUGCGAGGCGAGCGCGCUACCACUUGAGCCACAUCCCCAGCCCUCAUUUGUCCACUUUAUUAAUUGGGUUAUUUGAUUUUUUUGGUGUUUUUUGAGCUCUUUGUAUAUUCUAGAUAUUAAUCCUAUGUCAAAAGAGUGGCUAGAAAAGAUUUUCUCCCAUUCUGUGGGUUCUCUCUUCACAUUCCUAAUUGUUUUCUUGGCUGAGAAAUUUUUUAAUUUGAGGCUGUCCCAUUUAUUAACUCUUGGCAUUAUUUCCUGAGCUUUAGGUGUCAGUGAGAAAGUCCUGCUCGUUCCUAAAAGCUGGAGUGUUGACCUUACGUUUUCUUCUAGGAGUUGCGUAGUUUCUGAUCUAAUUCCUAGGUCUUUGAUCCAUUUUGAAUUGAUUGUUGUGCAGGGUGAGAGAUAAAGGUUUAGUUUCAUUCUUCUACAUAUUGAUAACCAGUUGUCCCAGCACCAUUUGUUAAAAAGGCUGUCUCUUCUCCAUUGUAUGUUUUUGGCUCCUUUUUCAAAGAUCAGAUGAAUGUAGAUGUGUGGCUUUGUCUCUGUGUCUUCUAUUCUGUACCAUUGGUCUAUGGUUUUUAGGCCAGUACCAUGCAGUUUUUGUUUCUGUAGCGCUGUAGAAUGAUUUGAAGUCAGGUACUGAGAUGCCUCCAGCAUUGCUCUUUUGACUUAUAUUGCUUUGGGUAUUCUUGGUCUUCCAAAUCAAUCUUAAGACUGUUUUUUCUAGUUCCAUGAAGAAUGUCAUAUUUUAAGGGGAAUCCCAUUGAAUCUGUAUAUUGCCUUUGGUAGGAUGACCAUUUUAACAAUAUUAAUUCCAGGCAGCACUAUUUCUAAAAAGUCCUUAAGCGAUUACAUUGUGAAGCCAAUGUUUAGAACUACUGUUCUAAACUUGUGGUCAAACUUGUGAUCCUCCUGUCUCAGCCUCAUGAGCCACUGGGAUUACAGGCAUGAGCCACUGUGCUUGGCUAGGAAAAAUUUUAAUAAAUUUAACCAUGUCAAAAUUGAAGUUUUCUAGGGCUGAAUAAAUGACAAGUGUUAGCAAAGAUGUAGAUGAACUUAUGCACUGCUAGGGGCACACUGCAAAACAGAGCAUCCUGACAGUAUGUGGUCAAUAAGCAUGUACGGGCCCUAAGACCCAGCAGUCUCAGAGAUGUUCUUGCCUGGUUCCACAACUACCUACGUACAAGGAUAAGUACUGAAGCAUUAUUUGUAGUGGUAGGAAGUUGGAGGCAACCUAGGUGUCCGUCACUGGAAGAAGGGAUAAAUAAAAUGUGGUGGAUGCAAACCAUGGAAUUCUAUGCAGCAGAAGAAGAGAAAAGAAAGGAUGAAGUAAGAGGGCCCCACAUCUUUUAUCAAGAGAAAAAAGAUUUUCUUUUUUGGGGGGGGUAACAGGGAUUGAACUCAGGGGUGCUUAACCACUGGGCAACACCCCCAGCUCUUUUCUGUAUAUUAUUUAGAAAUAGGAUCUCACUGAGUUGCUCAGGGCCCUGCUAAGUCACUGAAGCUGGCUUUGAACUUGCAAUUCUCCUGCCUCAGCCUCCCAAGGCAUUGGGAUUAUAGGCGUGUGCAUCAUGCCUGGCCUAAGGUGCAAAGAUUUUCUCAGGAACCCCACUAUUACAGUUUGGAUCUGGAAUCCAACUGUAGGCUCACAUAUUGAAGGCUUGGUCCUUAGAUGGGGAUGUUAUUGGGAAUUGGUGAAAACUGUAGGAGGUAAGACCUAGCUGAAGAUAGCGGGCCUUGUGGGCGUACUUUUCAAAACCAUAUUUUGUCCUGUACACAUUAGUAGUCUCUCUUGCUCUGCCCCUGCCCCCUGCUUCCCAGCAGCUGAGGUGAUCGGUUUUGCCCCACCAUGGCCCCCCACUGUUACGCCCGGGCCUCACCACAGGCCCAGAAACAAUGGAGCCAACUGACAAUGGACUGAAAUCUCUGAAGCCAUGAGCCAAAAUAAAUCAUUUAUUUCCUAUAAGUUGAUUUCCUCAGAUAUUUUGUCAUGGUAGUAGAAAGCUGCUAGCAUUUCACUGGUCAAAAUUGUAUUACAUGUUCACACCUAACUAAAAGGUGACUAGAAAGAAGGGGAAUUGGGAGAUGUCUGACCUCAUCUACUAGAUACCAUCUGACUUCUGCGUAGAGGCCCAUAGUGUGCAUUCACCACAUUUUACUGAGAUGGCUUGAGGGGUAGAAGCUUUUUUUCCCCCCCUCCCUCAAGCCUCUUCCUCUGGGAUUAUUUUUUAUUUUACUUUUUUUCUACUUAAUGCUUUUUAUUAGUUCAUUAGAGUUAUACAUAACAUUAGGAUUCAUUUUGACAUAAUUACAAAAGCAUGGAAUAUAAUUUGCUGCAAUUGUGUCCCGAUGACUUCCCCUUUCCAUUCCCUCCUCCACCCCCUGUUCCCUUGCCUCUACUCUACUGAUCUUUCUUCUAUUUAUUUAGAGGGUUUUUUUUUUCCCCAUUAGUGCAUCAUGGAUAUACGUAAAGGUAAAAUUCACUGUGGUAUACUCACGUAUGUACAUAGGAAAGGUUUUUUUUUGUUUGUUUGUUUUGGUACCAGAGAUUGAACUCAGGGGUCCUUAACUACUGAGCCACAUCCCAAUCCCAUUUUUGUAAUUUAUCUAGAGACAGGAUCUCACUGAGUUGCUUAGCACCUCACUUUUGCUGAGGCUGGCUUUGAACUCAAGAUCCUCCUCUCUCAGCCUCCCGAGCCACUGGGAUUACAGGCGUGUGCCACUGCCUGGCCAUAGGAAAGUUUGAUCAGAUGUGUUCCACCAUUCCUGCCUUUUGCCAUCUCCCCCCAUUAUCCCCUUCCUCUGGUCCACUGAGCUCUCUUCUAUUUUCAUGGCACCCCGUCACAUCUUGAGGUGUAUCAGCUAUCUUGUGAUUAAAAGGAAAAGUAAGAGCAAGCCAUGACAUCUAGUUGCUUAACACUAACAGCUUAAUAUCCCUGAACGUUUUUAUCUUGCGUGAAAAAUAAGCCCCUAUUUUUUCUUCUUUCUUUCUUUUUUCCCCUGGGCCUGAGGAUUCAAUUACUUACUUACUUACUUACUUAAUUAAUUAAUUAAUGGUGUUAGGAAACUGGGGGUUGAACAUACAAGGUUUUACCACUGAGCUACACCCCCAGCCCUUUUAUUUCGAGACAGUCUCCCUUGCUUAGGGCCUCAUUAAGUUGCUGAGGCUGACCUGGAACCUGUGAUCCUCCUGCUUCAACCUCUGGAGCAGUGAGUAGCUGGGAUCACAGGCAUGAACCACCACACUCAGCUAAAACCCUGUUGCUUAAGCCAUGCAUGUCAGAGUUCACUUGCAGACAAAAGAAAUGAAUCUGGCUAAGUUUAAGCAGAAAGGAUUGGGAAAGCAAGCUCUGUGUAGGGAGCAACUUCUGGCUUUGAGAGUCACAUGAGCCUGUGAUGAGAAAACAACAGUCCCUACUACAGGAAGCUGAUGAAUCAGGAAGCUACUCACCAGAGCCCGCCUGCUGCUGUCAUGAUUUGUGACAGCAAAGCGGAUGUCCCAAGCUAUGUUGCUCUGUUCCAAAUUUAUGUCUUGCACAAGAGCAGAACCUAAACCACAGAUUCCUUGUUUAAGAGAACCUGGGAAGUGCUGUUUUAGCUUUCUAGCUCCUGUAGUUUCGAAGAAACCCUAAAAGCAGCUUUGGAUUGAUGUUAAGCAAUCAGCCCACUACAGACAGCUUUUGGUUCCUCACAACCAAACACACUCCUAACUGCUACGCUACACAGCAAGCAACAAGGAUAGGUUUUUAGUUUGUUUAUUUGUUUUUUGCAUUACUGGGAUUGAGCCUAGGCACCUACUCUACCACUGAGCUGCAUCCUCAGGCCUUUUACAUUUUGAGAUAGGGUCUCACCAGGUUGCUGAGGCUAACCUUGAACUUGCAAUCCUCCUGCUUCUGCCUCCCAAUUAGCUGGGAUUAUAGGCAUGGGUAAGAACAGAUCUUAAAACAAGGUACUGAGUGAGACAAACAAAAAGAGCUCUGUAGUACCAUUCUUAAUGUUAGUUAAAAACAGAUACACAAAUCCAAACUAACUUUUUCAAAACAAAUGUAUAUUUUCUUGUUUUUUGGUAAUGCAAAUUGAACCGAGGAGCACUUUACCAUCCAGCCAUAUCCCCGGCUCUUUUUAAUUUUUGAGACAGGGUCUCACUAAAUUGCUUAGGUUGACUUUGAACUUUCGAUCCUCCUGCUUCAGCCUCCUGGCUGGUGGGAAUUACAGAUAUGACACCACUAUACUCAACUUUGUGUUUUUUUAAAUUUUGAGACAGGAUCCUGCUAAAUUGUGGAGUCUAGCUUGAACUUGUGAUCCUCCUUCUUCAGCCUCCCAAGUCACUGGGAUUACAUGCUUUUGCCACACACCCUGCUGAAAUGUACAUUUUUAAGGAUAUAUAAGUGCCAAUUGGUAAGGGGAGGAGGAAAAAUUGGAACCAGGACCAAGGAUGAAAGGGAAACAAAGAAAAACAAAAAAAGAAAGCAGUGAAAGUGAUACAAACAGGGGGAUAUAAUUGGCUCAAUUUUCUAUAUCAGAUGUCUAAUUCGUUAAAUUUAAUAUUAAUUUAAAUAAUUUAACAACAACCUAUUAUUGCAUUAAUAAUUUAACUUAAAAUUUCACAUUUAAUUUACCACAUCAAAACUAAUCCAUUAAAUUGAACACAUCAUAAAUUCUAUACUUCUUUAUUUCUUUUUGUGGUACCGAGGAUUGAACCCAGGGAUCCUUAACCACUGAGCCACAUCCUCAGCCCUUUUUUAUAUUUUAUUUAGAGACAGGGUCUCACUAAAUUAGAGCCUUACUAAAUUGCUGAGGCUGGCUUUGAACUCUUGAUCCUCCUGCCUCAGCCUCCUGAGCCACUGGGAUUACAGGCUUGCACUACUGCCCCUGGCAAGUUCUAUAUUUUGCGUAUGAGGGUCGGGGGGCAGAUACUGGGGAUUGAACAUAGGGCACUGUAAUACUGUUACAUCCCCAGCCCUUUUUAUUUUUGAAUCAGGGUCUCACUGAUCACUGAGGCUGGCCUCUAAUUCACAAUUCUGCCUCAGCCUCCAGAGUGGCUGGGAUUACAGGAGUGCUCCAUGGUACCUGGCUAUAAUCUAUACUUAACUGGACAAUUCUUUAUUCCUUGAUUUCCCCAAAACCUAUAAGAAAGAAAGAAAGAAAGAAAGGGAAAGAAAGAAAGAGAAAGUCAGUCCAGGUGACUUCUGAAGACCCCCACUCCAAGUGCUCCUCAGAGUCCCAACCCUAUUUAAUGGGAUACCUGCACUCAUACACUCUCCUGCCACCACCCCCUCCCUAAUCUACUCCAUCAAAGGGGAGGGACUUCAGGCCUAGACCCCACAACCUUUCCAUCUUCAAAAGCUCUGUCUUGGAGGCAUUCAGUUGGUGCAGAAGGCUGAAGGUGAGCGCAUCUGGUCCGUGCCAGUCCUACUCUGGGCAGCCGCCCCCACCUCGCCCCAGGUAGGAGGAGCUGCCCUGGAGCGACUCGGCCUGGCAGGUUCUUGGGGCGGAUCUUGGAUGGCUAAGACAGAGCACCUGCCCCUCCAGGUCCCCAAUCCCUUCCUAACCGGCUUGACCCAGCUCAGCCCUGAGGUGUUUGCAGCAGCUCUUUCUGAGAAAGUCCAGCCAGCCAUCUGUUAUCUGCAUUGCUUCCUGGGGAGGGACAGUCCCUCCAGCCACUCCAGAGACCUAGUGAGUGUGCUCCUACGCAUCUGGGAAGUGCUCCUGGGCCCCAGGCUGUGCCACAGCAGUGACCACCUCCUGAGGACCCUCAGAGCCCCAGGUGCUGACCUGACCUCUGUGGAUCCUGUUCGGGGCAAGACUGCCCUGGAGUGGGCCUUGUUGACUGACAGCUUCGACACGGUGCAGAGGAUCCGGCAGCUGCUGCAGAGGCCCCGAGUAGAGCAACUGAGCCAGCAUUACCAGCUCGAGUGGCCGGCCUUGCCAGGGCUCGUGGCCCAGGCGCAAGCCCAGGCCCAGGUUGCUCCCUCCUUCCUAGAAAGAUUGCAGUCCACCCUGAGCUUCUCCUUUGCCCAGUCUCCUCAGGAGGGGGGUGUUCUGGACCACCUUGUGACCAUCACUACGGGCCUGGCCAGUCCCUUCCUCGCCACUGCCUGCCACACACUGUGUCCUGACUACCCACCUGCACUCGGCACCCGAAGCAAGUCUGUGCCAGAACUGCUAGGUACUGCCCCACCUCCUCCUCCAGUACCCCAGCCCCCCCAGGAAGUACCUGGCCCCAGGGUCUUUGUUCCCUACCAGAGCCCUCAGGGCAUGUUCUCUCAGUGGCUGCAGCCCAGGAGUAGUACUAGCACUAGGUCCCAAGUUCCCAAGAUCCUCCUCUCCAAGGCACCCUCAGCCCCUAGACAAUACAAGUUUAUGUCCAAGUCUUCAGGGCAUAAUAACCUGGUCCUUCCUCUCUGGCGAUACCAGGAGCUCAGGUUGGAGAGGAAGAGGCAGGAGGAGGCAAGGUUGGCACAGGAUCAGGGGAAGAUGGGCUAGGCCAGGAUAGGAGCAGGUAAUUAGGCCUUUUUCUAUGCUGCAUUCUUGCCUAGAGAUACUUCUGCCCCCCCAUCCACCUCUACCUAAGUCCUAAGUAAAAUGGUUUCCAACCUAUGUACAAAGUUGUUAUAGCACUGUAUGUAAUAGCAGAGUAGAACUAACCUAAGUGUCCUUCAAUAGGGGAUUGGCUAACAUUUGGGGGCGGAUUACUAUAUUCUGUGCAAUGCAUUACAAAGCUAGAGUAAGGAAGUUCUUUAUGUCCUGAUAUUGAAACAAACUGAAUUUGGCCCCAAUCUGAAUUGGGAACAACUUUCUCCUUCUGAGAAUGGAGACUGAAGGGCUGCCUCCCUGCCCCUUCCUUGGCCUGACAGAUGCUAAGAAGCUGAGAGGCAAGACAGCUCUCUCCCGGUCCUAUGUAGCACAGGCUAACAAAAUCUAUAUAUGUACAUUUCCUGCCUUUUGUCUCACUUCCCUACUGCUACUGCUUCUCCUUUAAAGCUCUGUUCACGUUCAGGGAUUUCAAAGAUGUAACUUAUGCCACAAUACGUUUCUUCUAUCUUCCUUUAAAACUAGCUUUGAAUAAAAUCUAUCUUCCUAUCAAUUUGAUUCCAAAUAUAUCUGGAGCUAGUUUCUUCCUCCCUGGGCAGGACUGAUGCCAUCCGGUCACAACAUAAAGCUGUCUUCAAGAUGAAUUAAAGUGAUAAUAACUGAGAGGUGGAAAGGCAUGGAUGUCAUCCCACUAUUUGUCAAAGUAAAAUUUUCACCAAUUUUAUAAAUAUGACUUACACACAUACCUGUAAUCCCAGUGGCUUGGGAGGCUGAGAUAGGAGGAUUGUGGGUUCAGAGUCAGACUCAGCACAAGCGAGGUGCUAAGCAACUCAGGGAGACCCUGUCU